GUCACAAUGCAUCAACCAGAUGAAAGAAUUGAAAGAACAAUGUGAAGAAAGGAUAGAUGAGCUUACAAAAAAGGGCAGUGAUGUACCACAAAUCAAAGAGAGCAAGGACUUCUCAGAAGAUUCGAAAAAAAAUAGCCAGGUCGGUAUUCAGCUGUCGGCCUUGAAGCAAACAGAGCUCAGGCCGGCUGACCUGGAGCAGCAGCAGCUCGACGAAGAUGUCCCUAAAGCAGUACCUACAGUCAAAAAGACAGAUCCGCUGCAGGCUAAAGAAAGGGUGACCGAGCUAGCUGACACCAGAAAACAGGAGGCAAAGGCAGAAGAGGAGAAGCUUUCCAGUCAGCUGAAAAACUCGGAGGAUUCACUCAGGGCUGCUGCAGGUCAUAAGGAGAUGCUGCCCGAGUCAGAGAAGGAGCCGAAUCCGCCCGAGGAUGAAAAACAUGUAGCUGGGCAAGAUGCGUUACAGCCGGCAGCAGAGCAGGCUGCCAGCGAGGAGGUCGAAAGGGAGCAGCUCCUAAAUUACGAUGCCAAGCAGGAUGACUCGCCCCCCGGAAAGGCUGAGAAACGGGAACACGAAGUGCUGAAUCAGGGCAAGGAUGUUGAUUACAGUUUAGACGAGAAUGAAGCCGAAUCGGAAACGGACAAGCAAGCAGCACUUGCAGGGAUUGAAAAUGUUCAAAACCCCGAAGAUACGAAUAACCACUUACCUGAGCACGAUGAGGAACGACAAAGGUUGUGA